UCCAGCUCACUCAUUCCAUCUUCAUCUUUCCAUUUUCCGGUUUCCUAUCUUAUCGUGAAGAUGCUUCUCCGUGCUUCCUCCACUCUCUCCCUCAUGUCUUCCUCAUCCGAGGGGUACCCUCGGGCAGCUUUUCUCUGCCGGUGGAAGCUGCCGACGGCCGGCUUUCUGAGGGUUCCCCAGAUUGGGAGGUUAGCGGUAGGAUCGAUGGCUGCGAUCGGACCUGAUAGCGGCAAGGCGUUGACCGGCGUGUUCUUUGAACCCUUUGAGGAGGUAAAGCAGGAACUCGCACUUGUGACCUCUUCGCCUGGGAAAUCGCUCGCACGACAGAAUUACGUUGACGAAUGCGAGGCUGCGAUUAAUGAGCAGAUCAACAUCGAAUACAAUGUUUCCUAUGUCUAUCAUGCCAUGUUCGCCUACUUUGACCGGGACAAUGUUGCGCUUAGAGGCCUGGCCAAGUUCUUUAAUGAAUCAAGUGAAGAGGAAAGAGACCAUGCUGAAAAAUUGAUGAAGUAUCAGAACAAGCGUGGAGGAAGAGUGAAGCUCCAGUCAAUUCUAAUGCCCUUAACUGAAUUUCACCAUGAGGAAAAAGGCGACGCUCUAUACGCAAUGGAGCUGGCCUUGUCUCUUGAGAGGCUCGUUAAUGAGAAACUUCUUAAUUUACACAGUGUGGCAGCACGUUCCAAUGAUCCUCAGAUGACAGAGUUCAUUGAAAGCCAUUUCCUUGGAGAACAGGUUGAGGCCAUAAAGAAGAUAUCUGAAUAUGUUGCUCAGCUGAGGAGACUUGGCAAGGGGCAUGGAGUCUGGCAUUUUGAUAACAUGUUGCUGCAUGAAAGAGAGAAUGGUGCUGCUUGAUGAGAGUUGGGGGAGAAGUAGUUCUAUGUUCUCUGAUGUUAAUAGGCAAAUUGCAAUGUCAUGUUACUGUCUAGAAGUUUUUGCGUGAUGGGAAGUAGAUGAUUAUAUUUGAAUAUGGGGAAGGUUUAUGAUUUUCAGUUCGAAGGAAAUUUCCAGAAUGA